AUGCCACCCAAGCGCUCGACGGAACGCUCGACCAGCUGCUGCACGGCGGUGAUGGUGUCCAUUAUCGACGCGUUCACGCUGCACCGCGUGCCGCCCUGCGUCCCGGAGCUGGUCGGCGACGGCGGCUUCAGGCCUAGCACGCUGUACAUGGACAUGGGGUGGCCCAAGGGCUCCUACCGGAUAAUCAUACCCUCCACGACACUGGCGUACACGGCGACGGUCCCGUGCACCGGCGCCGUGCCGAGCCGUCCUCCUGCUCGGCGACCAGCUCCGCCGUGUCUCGAUGCCGGCAGCAUCCGGUGCGUCGCCGCCGGCGACACCGCCCGCUGCGGCGAGUGGCAUGUGCGGUGGCGCGCCCUGCUGCGUGGCCGCCGCCGGCUCGGACGUGGCCGCGGCUGGAGCCGGGCCUGGGUCGGUCGCGGCCAGAGCCAAAAAAUGGAGCGCAGCUAGGGCUGCGCAGCGAACAGGAGCGAGUUCGCGCUGCGGUGCUCAGUACGGCGAGUUCGCGCUGCGGCCUGCUCGGGCUUUAUCUCUCGCGUCUCGGCUGCGUUGGCUGCUGAAGUCUUUUUUAUCGGUGCGUUUUAGCUGUUUUAGCAGCAAACGUCCGAAUUCUGCAGCGAUGACCGAUGUGGGAGCGGCGCGAGUGCGGCGAGAGGCUUUCCGCUUUGCCUUUUUUUUUGGUGCGAGAGACGGUCUCAGACCCAAAGAGAAUGCAGAAUCUAAUGUUUU